AUGUACUCAGGCCGAAUAAACUAUGAGUUUGCAGGUUCAGUGAACAAAGAAUGGAUAUGGAAAGAUAACUUGUAUUACUUUCAUUCGCUGAAAGUCAAGUCAGAGUUGUGCUAUCACAGUGGUUGUGUUAAUACUAUCUGCUGGGAUGAUCGCGGGGAGUAUAUUUUGUCGGGUUCAGAUGACAGAUGUAUCGCUAUUGCUAACGCUUUUUCACAGGAUUCUGAAGGUCAAAACGCCUAUAAUUUAAAGUUGCCUGCGUACAGUAACAUUUUUGCGGCGAAGUUUCUCCCUUUUUCUUGCGGAAGCGAAAUAGUUGUUGGCUUUAAAUGCGGUUGUGUCACCCAUGUUAAUCCCAACUCUAGUAUAAAGGAUAGUCUCAAGAACAUUUUCUGUCACACAUUUGCCGUGUAUGACAUUCUUACUUUGCAAGAAAUGCCUACUUGCUUUAUAACACUAUCUCAUGACCAUUCAGCCACUCUUCUGGAUACCAGAAUCACCUCCGUGCACAAGAGUCCGAGUUGUAGUCGGGGAUGCUUCAACAACACAAACUCACCAUGGGUUUCAAAUUUUUCUAUUGUCAAUCAGUUAAAGUUUCAUUUUCCAGUGACUGCUGGUGAUAUCCAUCCUUUGAAUGGAUGUCGUUCAAUCGCGCUGGCAACUGCCGACGGUUUUGUACGUCUUUUCGAUAUUCGAAAGCUCGUUUCCACUUUGUCCUCCGCAGCUGUGGGCGACCCACCUCAACCUAUGCCAUUUCGUGUAGCCAGACCUCUUGGUUUACCCGCGAAGAUAAAUUCGACCAAAACGUUCAGAUUAGAUUAUGGACCAGGUCAUAUAACGUCAGUCAAGUUUGAACCUAUCUAUGACAAGGAUCAUACUCAGUUUUGGUUACCUAUUGGCCGUAAACAGUCACUUUCGUCGAAUCUUGGUGGGAAACAUUUACUUGUCAGUCAUAUGUAUGCCCCUAUUUUCUUGUAUGAUCUUUGUUCAGAAGAAACGCUUAGCGACUCUGAAGUACAGCGACCUGAUUGGCUACCGAAUACGGAUACAUGCAGUCCAUCAUCGGAAACAGAAUCUCCUCGCUCAUCGGAAGAUAGCCUUAUUUCAGAUCCGAAUAUACGUUUAACUGUUGCUCUCUAUCGAUGGCUCACCCAACAUCGAUCCAGAACAGAUGAAAACGCUGUGGAUGAAGCAUCGACUGAACCUCAAACAGUGUCUUCAAGUCCUGCCGAAUCAACGUCUGGUCAAACUUAUACAGGCUCUCAGCGUGAACAAAAACUCCCCAUCGAUUACUUAACAGAUGCAUAUAUUUCUGACAUCAUAAAUUCUUCUCCAAGAUGUCGCGAAAUAAUGAAAUAUCGUGGUCGUGAAUGCUGUAGUACUGUGGUCAAAGUGUCAACAUUUUGGGGGCGGAAUUUUAUUCUGUCCGGAUCUGAAUGUGGUCAUUUAAUUGCAUGGGAUCGUAAUACAGGAAAGCCUGCACUUGCAAUUAAAGCAGAUACAUCUGUAGUAAAUCGAAUUAUUCCUCACCCUCUUUUUCCAAUGAUUGCUGUCAGCGGAAUUGAUCGGUCCAUAAAAAUAAUUGAACCUGAUCCAAAUAUAUACGAACAAAGUGAUGUUGACGAUGGUGAUGACCAUGGUGAAUCAGCGUUUAUGAAAGUAGUAAAACAACAUGAAGAAGAAGCAAGUCAGUUAUGUCAAGCAAAUGAAAUAAGAACAAAAAAAAUGUUAAGUUCUGGUAAUAAUCACUUGGAUAGUAUCGCACGUCUACGAGCUGGUCGUGUUGCACGAAUGAUUUUACUACGGCUCGUUGAAGGAACAAACUCCACAGAUUCAAGAGAUACGGAUACAAAUACCUGA